CUCUCUUCAUCCUGAAAUGAUUGCCCAGUUUAGAUUUUCAUUUUCAGCUCAAACUGCACUAAAAAUAAAAUCUAAACAGGACAAUAAUUUUGGAACAGAGGAAUUAUUAAACUUAAAAAAUGUAUGCCUCAAAAAAAAAAAAAUCAUGUCACAUAAUGCAAUAUUUGGUACACAAAAUAUGAGAUUAAAUAUCUCGUUUGUAAGAGUUGGACACAUUAGUGUGCAUUGGCCUAUAAAAACACCCCUCCACUAUCACUCUACUACAAGUGAAAAGCACAAAAACAUUCUACUUCUUCUCAUCCAUCUCUGAUCAAAUUUCAUUUACCCAAGUCAAACUUUAGUUUUUAUUUUUGAUUAUCAUGGCUGAAGAGAAGCACCACCAUGGCUUCUUCCACCACAAGAAAGAUGAUGAUGACGAGCAAGUGAAAACAAACUACGAUAACGACUAUAACACUAGUACUGAAACCGGCUACAACAAGUACUCCGGUGAUACCACCACCGGAACCGGGUACAACGAUCAAUAUUCCGGCGACACCACCACCGGGUACAACAAGUACUCCAGUGAUGAUACCACCACCGGUUUCGAUGACAAGUACUCCAGCGGUGGUGGUGGCGCAGCAGCUGGUUACGGCAGUGGCUACGGUACUGGUGGUGGUGGAAGUGAAUAUGGAAAUGAUCAAGCUGGUGGGUAUAACAAGUACUCCGGUGAUGAUACCACCACCGGCGGCGCUGGUUACGGUGGUGGCGCCACCACCGGGGGCGGAUACGGCGGUGGUGAUGUAGACGUUGAUGAUUCUGAAAAGCCAGAUUAUGAGAAAGAAAAGAGGCACCACAAAAGACUUGAGGAGGCUGGCGGCGUUGGUGCCCUAGCCGCUGGUGCAUUUGCUCUGUAUGAGAAGCAUGAGGCAAAGAAGGACCCAGAGAAUGCCCGGAGGCACAAAAUAGAGGAGGAGGUGGCCGCGGUGGCGGCGGUCGGAUCCGGUGGAUUUGCAUUCCAUGAGCACCACGACAAGAAGGAAGCCAAGGAAGCUGAGGAAGAAGCCGAGGGCGGCAAGAAGAAACAUCAUUUCUUCAACUGAUCAUUAAUUGAUUCAUCAUCCCCACCCGGGAUGAUCAAUCAAUCAUAUGCAUAUAGACGCGUUUAUAUAUGAGUGAAUCUAUAUGUUAUGGUUCCUCAUCUUUUCUACUAAUAUUCUUCCACUUUGUAUUCUGCUUUUCUGUGGAGUUUGUUUAGUGAAACCUGCCUAAAUAAGAGCUUUGUGUGUGGAGUUCUUGUUUGUUGUUUAUGUAAGGAUUUAUUUCUUUUUGUCUCAAAAUGAUUGUCAAUGUUUAUUGUAAUAUUUUGAGACGGAAGAGAUAAUUAGUUGUAAGUGGUGUUUCCUUUGUAAUGCACUCUCGCGUGAUCAGUAUAUAUUUUUGUAAUGUAAAUCUUUUGUAUUUGCCAAUCUCCUUUUCUUUUUCCUUUUUUCUUCUUCUUUUUUUGACGAAGCAUGAAUUUGUACGGUGCUUAGGACGGGCGGCGAUGAUGAUCUAGGCGA